AUGGCAUCUUCAAUCCAAGGAACCCGUACCGAUCGUUUGGUCAAUUGGGCCGUUGACCUGAAGUAUGCCGACAUCCCUGAUGAAGUGGUUCAACGCACCAAAGAUUUUUUCUUGGAUACACUGGGCUGUGCUAUAGCCGGUCGAAGCCAUCCUGCAAUUACUGCAAUGGUGCGCUUUGCGGCUCAAAUGGGACCUUCUAGUGGAAAGAGCGAGCUGAUCGAUGGCUCCCAAAAUCUUACUACUAGCCCGGCAUUUGCUAGUUUGAUCAAUGCUGCGGCAUCACAUGUGGUUGAGCAGGAUGACCUUCACAAUCGAAGUAUCAUGCACCCAGCGACUGUGAUCUUCCCUGCAGCCCUGGCUGUAUCCCAAGAUAUUGGAGCCAGUGGAGAAGACUUUAUUACUGCCUGCGUAGUUGGGUAUGAGGUCGGUUGCCGUGUCGGGGAGUAUUUGGGGAAGAGCCAUUAUGAGAGGUUCCAUAGCACAGCUACCGGUGGAGUUAUCGGAGUCGCAGCAGCUGUAGCUCAUCUUCUAAAGCUCGAUGUGAGCCAGACACUAUCUGCAGUUGGAACAGCUGGAACGCAAGCAGCAGGAUUGUGGCAAUUCUUGUUAGAUGCCACACACUCGAAACAAGUACACACUGCCAAGGCCUGCUUUGAUGGUAUAUUUGCUGCCUACUCUGCUCGUGAAGGCCUUUUAGGCCCGCGAGAUAUUCUUGAAGGACCCCGGGCAAUGGGGAUUGCGUUAGUUCCCGGUGAAACAAACCCGGAAGCUAUCGACCAGAAUCUAGGCAAAGACUUUGCGGUUCUUCGGUCAAGCUUUAAAUGGCACGCAUCAUGUCGACACACUCACCCCAGCGUGGAUGCACUGUUGAAUUUAAUGAAAAAAAAUCAGGUUGCCUUUGGUGAUAUUGAGUCCGUGCUCGUUCCCACAUACCAAGCGGCGAUUAAUGUACUAAGUCUCAGCGGUAAUGGUGAGACGGUCCACCAGAGCAAAUUCUCUAUGGGCUUUGUACUUGCUAUUGCGGCGAAGAAGGGUCAGGCUAUGAUCACCGAUUUCACUGACGAUGACUUGAAAGACUCAUCUCUGCGAGAAUUCCAAAAACGUGUGACGAUGAAAUAUGACGCGGAUAUUGAUGCUCAGUUCCCCGAGAGGUGGCAGGGGACAGUUAUUGUUAAGUGCAACUCUGGUAAUACCUUCACAGAAUCAACGAAGUUCGCGAAGGGAGACCCGGAACUUCCCUUGACAAGAGCUGAAAUCGAGACAAAAGCUCAUGCUCUUGCUAGAUAUGGGGGAAUCAAAGAUUCAAAAAAGGUUGAUUCUUUGAUCAAAAGAGCCUGGAAUUUGGAGCACGAGACAAAUGUUAGAGGCUUUAUAUUCUAG